AUGCCCAAGACCGAUGACAGCCUGCCAGUUUACUUAGGCUCAGCUAAGGCCUCAAGCACGGAGCAGACGGAGAGACUCUCGCGUUCUCCUCAUCCGUAUCGUCGGCGAGGACCUAGCCUUUCACAAAGUGAUGAGCCUUUUAAAUCAAAACUCCGUUCUAGCCUAGAUCAUGAUAUAAAACAGGCAGGCGGGGAGGAAGGGUCUGCUACCUCAUAUUUCGAUGCUGAUCAUCGGAAACGACGGAGAAGUCGUGAUGCAGCUAGUGAAAGUGGCACAGAAGCUGAUGACGAGAAAGAGACAUUCUUGCUCGGAUUACCGGCACCUCCGGCGAGGCCUCGAAAGGGCUUGAAAGAGGAAUAUGGGGCCUCGAGUCCGCUCUUGACACCUUCGUACCUUGACGAAGAAGAACGCAAAACAGCGUACGAAGUCUCCAAGAAGUGGCGUAACAGCGUCCAAGAAAGAAACGCCGAUGAAGAAGCAGCCAAAGUCAGAGCCAAAUUCAGGAGACGUAGGCGGGCCGAACUCAUACGCAGAAUAACCGAGACGGCACUGCUGUUGUCAAUAUGCUAUAUCAGCAUAGGUAUCCAUCAUCAGUGGCCUAAGGAUACGUCUCUACAGGAUCUCUCGCUAUCCUCAAUCCGAGUCCGAGAAGGGCUAAGGGCUGUCACCCAGCCGGUACCUACCUUUGUCGCCAUUAUUUCGGCACUAUAUGUGCUGUACCCGCUUCGUAUCAUCUACAACAACCACGAACUGAGUGUAGCCAAGCGGAAAUCCCGCUUUUACAUCCACCUACCGGCGGCUUUUGACCCUGCUCCUCUUCUAUAUCCUGUUCUAGUACCAGCGAUCGUUGCUUGGUCCAUUGCACAGGAUGAUGCAAAAGUCAUGCUACCGAACUUGGUUCUAGGGGUUGCCUCCAUACCAAGCAAAAUAAUACCUUUCGGUAACGUGCCAUGGUGUAGCUCCCCGCAAUGGCUCGUCUCUAUCUUGCCGAUUUGGAACCUUCGGAAGUGGCGAACCGAAGUCUCCCAGGCCGAAGCACUCGAUCCUGUUGCAAAGUGUGGUCUAGAUAAAUUGGUCUACUUGUAUCCGCUGCAUCAUGCAUUGCUACCCAUUCUCCAGUAUCUCACAACCACAAGUCUUCUACCCACCGAGUUGCAAUUGCUCUCAUGUUCGCUGAUCAACCUGCUCCUGCUUUCAGAUUCACCCCAGGCGUUGAUUCUGCAAAUACUCCUAUGGAUGGGUGGAGUUGCACUCCUGAUUUUGUGCAGUCAAGUCUUAAGAUGGGGAGUUUCAAUCGCGCGCAUUCCUUCGUGGCGUUUUCGAAAGCCGAGACAUCGCAACACUCAUGGCAAUGUCGUUCUCACCGCGGUCAAAGACAGUCUUCAGGGGCUUAAUGAAGGACGUGACACUGUCAAGUACAGCAGUGAGUCAUCCACCGAGGAAGGUAAUUACGAACAAUCAAAAUCAUCAGGAAGAUCUGGCAGAAAGUCUUUAAAGGUCAGAACUACUGAACUAGACUCCGUUAAUCAACAACUUGCACGGCACAAUUCUGUUAGCACGCCUAUGUCAGCAUCUGCUGACGGCAGAGCGUUGGGAUCUCUAGAUGCAAAUGGCUCCCCGGAACAAGCACGAUCAAUCAUUCAGCGACAUCGUCGAAGUAAUACACUGCCUACGAACAUAAGGCCAUCUGCGGCAGCACCUGCUUUUGGUAUCAUCUCACAGGCUGGUACAAGGAUAUUUGAAUCUGGGAAGCUGUUGACCUUCCGAUCCAUGACUGCCGCUCAAGCAACAUUACUACGUUGGAUUUUUGCGGCAUACGUCUACAUUGUUGUUGUAGGCUUGAUCGCAGUUCCCCUGAGGCUAUAUAUUGCUCAAAAAGUGUUUCAGGGUAUGGACCCCGUAGGCUGGGCUCUUGGUUACAUGUUUGGUGACCUGCCAUCUUCUCGUUCUUUUGUUGAGAGGCACAACAUCAGCAAUUGGAUGCCAUUGCCUACUGAGCAAACAGCACAUAGCUCUAUCACCAGUUUCUUUCACUUGAACCUGGUAUUCACCAUUCACGUAGGUGCAGCUAACACGCGGCUACUACUUUGUGCUUACUAUAUUGCCGUCAUCGCGCUUGGGCUGGUGAUAGUCCGUCGGCUCAGUGUAGUCGUCGAAGUCGACACUCGGCGAAAAGUAUUUCAUGGGAUGAUGGUAGCGAUGCUCCUUCCCACGGUAUUUGUGGAUCCUACCUUUGUCUCGCUGGCCCUCAUCAUUGUCCUCGCGGUCUUCCUGAUCUUAGAUUUGUUUCGGGCCUCCCAGCUUCCGCCGGUCGCCAGACCACUGACUUACUUUCUAGCACCAUAUGUGGAUGGGCGAGACCAUCGCGGCCCGGUGAUUGUAUCACACAUCUUCUUACUUAUCGGGUGUGCAAUACCUCUCUGGUUAUCUUUGAGUGCGAUCUCGCGGACUGGACAAUGGCCUUGGCAAGGAUGGGAGGUACCAACUCGAGACCUGAGUAUGGUCAGCGGCAUUGUAUGCGUCGGCAUGGGAGAUGCUGCAGCAUCACUGAUUGGACGACGAUAUGGACGUCGCAGAUGGUGCUGGACGGGAGGGAAAAGUCUGGAGGGAAGUCUUGCAUUCGCAGUGGCCGUCCUGGUUGGGCUUAGUGCUGCUCGGAUAUGGCUGCUUAUUGGGGGUUGGGAUGGUGACAGCGGGGACACUAUCCUGUGGUUCACAGUGAAAGCGGGCGUCGCUGCGGCGGGUGCCAGCCUUACUGAGGCAGUUUUGACGGGGGGAAAUGAUAAUGUUAUUGUGCCGAUAGUGCUGUGGCUUUUGGUUCGAGGACUGGGCCUAUAA